CGUCCAAUCCCACCAACCACGUACAGCUCGCUCAUUCAAUAACGAUAUCCGUGCGAACUUCAACGAGAUGACGAGUCAACAAGGAUUGAACAAUCUUGCCACGAUCAUCAAGCGGCUGGAAGCUGCUACUGCUCGGCUCGAAGAUGUAGCUCAUCACAGUUCCACCUCGCAAACCCCUUCUCACAAUACCGCCUCUUCAGCCUCUACCGGAGUAGCUGCCAUGCCCAGCCAGAGCUCGAACAACAACGCUUCGGCUCCCCCGGAGGUCGCUGAAUCUCCCGCUCAGAAGGCUUACCAGUCCGAUAUCAUCGACGGAGCCUUGCAAGACUACGUUACAAAGAGCAAGGAGAUCGGAGGUCCUGUUGCCGAGCAUGCCAGCUUGAUCGCUUCAUUGUGCACCUCACAAUUGGCUCAUGUCGCCACAGCUUCGUCUUGUACCAAGCCCAAGUCGCAAGAAGUCACUAUCAAGCUGUUGUCUCCCAUCCAAGACGCCUUGAAGGAGGUCACCGAUUUCAAGGACAAGGCUUCGCGGGGCAAAGAGGGCAGGCAAUGGGCGAACCACCUCAGUACCGUCGGAGAGGGAGCCAGUGCUUGGGGUUGGGUGGCUGUGGAACCAACACCUGCUCCUUUCGUCGGCGAGAUGAAGGACUCUGCUCAAUUCUGGGCCAACCGUGUCAUCAAGGAGUUCAAGGAGACCGACAAGAAGCACGUCGUCUGGGCCAACUCGUUUAUCGCCCUUAUCGACUCGCUGCAAAAGUACGUCAAGCAGUACCAUACCACUGGGUUGACUUGGAACCCCAAGGGCCAGGAUCCCUCGACUUUCCAGAGCAGCAACACGGCCGACUCGAACGCCGGCGCUCCUCCUCCUCCUCCCCCCGGCCCCCCUCCUCCUCCUUUCGACUCUAGCAAGGAAAGCGCACCAGCUUCAGCUCCGGCCGGUCCCGGUGCCUUCUUGUCGCAGAUCAACCAGGGCGCCGGCGUCACGAGCAAGCUGAAGAAGGUCGACCCCAGCCAGCAGACCCACAAGAACCCCGAGUUGCGAGCCGGUAGUGUCGUGUCGGAGAAGGCUGCGCCUGCGCCUCCCACCAAACCCAAACCUUCUACGUUGACUCAGAAACGUCCUGCCGAGACCAGGCUCGACGGUACCAAGUGGAUCGUCGAAUACCACGAGAACGCCAAGCACGUCUUGAUCGAAGACACCGAGAUCAAUCACACCGUCCACCUGUUUGGCUGCAAGAACAGCGUCAUCGAGAUCAAGGGCAAGGUCAACGCGAUCAGUGCCGUCAACUGCUCCAAGACGUCGAUCCUGCUAGGAUCCGUUGUUUCCGGGUUGAGCAUCACUUCCUCGCCCUCGUUUACGAUCCAGAUCUUGGGACAAGUCCCGACCAUCCAGAUCGAUAACACCGACUCGGGUCAAGUCUACCUGUCCAAGGAGUGUGUCGACACGGUCGAGAUUAUUACGAGCAAGACCAGCGCGAUCAACAUUAGCUUGCCCGGUGUCGAAGAAGGUGAUUACGAGGAAAAGCCGAUUCCAGAGCAGAUGAAGUCGGUCAUCCAGGGGGGCAAGGUCGUCACCACUAUCGUCGAGCAUAGCGGUUAGACAAUACACUGUGCUUUCCUUUGACUACUUGUACAACCAACAUCUCGAAUCACGAUGAAUACCAUUUGCGAAG